UCAGUUUCUGCCCUCUGUCACAAUAAAAUAAAAUUAAAGUUUACAUUUUAUUUUAUUUUCAAGCAACAAAUUGCGAGCGAAGCAAGACUAUCACAAAUAAAAAGAAAGACUGAGUUUUCUCGUUUUGGACCUUAUUAUGUUGAAUGUAAUAUUGCAGUUUAAAUAAUUCGUAUUAAAUUGUAGUGCGAUGCAUCACAAUUUAGUCUCGAAAUAUUAAUCACUUUACAUUCAUUUGAUAGUAUUGAUACUUUAUGAACAAUUUAAGAUUAUCAUCAAAAGAAAUGGUCGCCAAAAGCAAAAACAAAGCUUUAACAUGUUCGACGCCAGAACAUAGACUUGAUUCGCCUUCACGAGACAGUGAUUCUAUAUGUGAUUCCGAGUCGGCCAGCCCUGUGCCAUUUCUGUGUACGCAAGAUGGAGCAGAGGGUGAAACUGAUGUGGUCUGGAAUUUCUAUACACCUAAAUCUGAAACCGGUAAAUCACGACUCAAAAACACUACCCCAGUAAGUAGACGCACAAAAAGAACAAUUAAACCUAUUUCAAUUGAAAAACCACUGGCCAGACGUAGGGUGGUGAAACCCUCUCAAAAGAAAACUGAACUAUUUCAAGAUCUUCUGGAAUUGAAUCAAAAUUUGCAUGAGUAUAUAUCUAAAAAACCUUCUGUAACUAUUGUUAGUAAGCCACAGUCAGAAGAAGAUGUCUUCAGUGACACAAGUGACAGUUCACCUAGAAGUGGUGUGAAAAGCAAGAACCGCUGCCUUAGAAAGAAUGUUUUGAGUUCAAAGUUUACUAAAACUGAACCAGAGAGUGGCUUAGAGUCAGAUGAUUCAAUGAAUGAGUGCUUAUUGAAAGCGAGUCAGGUUGUGGAAGAAAAUAUAUUAAAUUUACACCCAAAUCCAGCAAAAAGGCCAUGUAUAGAUCAAAAUGUGAAAAAUCUUAAGCCAGCUUUCAACAUUGACCAAGACUCAAUGGAUGCCAUUUUAAAUAACAUUAAAUUAGCUUCACCAUCUUUGAAUCAACUAAAAAAAUGUGAUUCCCCAAAGUUGAAUAAUGAUUCCUUUGAUUGUAUAAUUGAAAAUUUAAACGAUAGUGCCUUAGAGAGGCUCUCACAAAUGCCAGUACUCCAGGAAUCACGAAAAAAAGCCAAUAAUGCAAAGGAGAGUAGCUGGAUGUUGAAAGAACUAGUUGUUUGUGAUGGAAGUCCAUCAUCCAAGUCUGUAUUUAGUAGGCACAGCUCUAUGCCGGAGUCACCAUCAUUUAACAAUUGUAAUAAACCUUCAACCAGUGGUACGGCAUUUGGAAGGUACAGUUCAAUGCCAUUCAACAAAAGUGAUGAAAAAAUAUUAGUUCCAGGAGAUUCUCCAAUAAGAUGCACACCAGAAGAAAUAAAGAAGAAACACAGACAAGCAAGAGAGAAGCUUUUGGCUAAAAGACAGCUACCAUUUACAGCCACACAGCAGUUCAAUCCACCUGCUAUAUCAUCACAUGUACAACCAGUUAAAAAAGCGACCUUCCAGCUUAAAGUUCCUAGUAAUAAGGUUAAUUGUGUAGUAGAAAGAAAAGAUCAUGUUCAGAAAACAAAUCCAGAUGUUAAUAUAAAUCGUGUUCAGAAAACAAAUCCAGAUGUUAAUAUAAAAUUACUGAUUGAAAGAAAAAGACAAGAGGCUUUGAUGAGACUGAGAAAAAAGCAACCUCAAAGUAAAUAAUACAUAAAAAAAACUUAUUUUUUACUACAGAAAUGGAUGGUAACCAAUUUUUUUAAAUAGCCUGGAUAUAAGAUAUAUUUUAGGACAUUUCUGUUAAUUAAAAAUACAUUUAGAAAUUUAUUUUUGUGAUUUAAUUUUUAUAUUGAUAGACCAUAUUCAUGUUUUCAGUGUUUAUUUUAUGUGUGACCUUACAAUAUAUGAUGAUUUAUGUGAUUACAUUGUGAUUUUGUAAACAAGACUUCAAAUAUAAUUAUUUUAUUGAA